AUGUCCGACAACAAAGAUGGCCCGAGCGAGGCGGACAAGAACAUCGAGAUGUGGAAGAUCAAGAAGCUGGUCAAGAAACUCGAAUCCGCCAGAGGCAACGGCACCUCUAUGAUCUCCCUCAUCAUUCCCCCAAAGUCCCAGAUUUCACAAGUGGCCAAAAUGUUGGCUGAAGAGCAGGGCACAGCCUCCAAUAUCAAAUCACGAGUCAACCGUCUGUCGGUGCUGUCCGCCAUCACAUCCACCAUCAAUCGAUUGAAGCUGCAUACCAAGGUGCCUAAAAAUGGUCUGGUCGUCUUCUGCGGUGAAAUCAUCACCUCGGAGGGAAAGGAGAGAAAAUUGAACAUCGACUUCGAGCCGUUCAAGCCUAUCAACACAUCACUGUACCUGUGUGACAACAAGUUCCAUACCGAAGCGCUCAGUGAGCUCCUCGAGUCAGAUCAGAAGUUUGGCUUCAUCAUCAUGGACGGAAACGGAGCGUUAUUCGGCACUCUCUCCGGCAAUACUCGUGAGGUCGUCCACAAGUUCUCAGUCGAUCUACCCAAGAAGCACGGUCGUGGUGGUCAAUCCGCUCUCCGUUUCGCUCGUCUGCGUGAGGAGAAACGCCACAACUACGUCCGCAAGGUCGCCGAGUUGGCUGUCCAGAACUUCAUCACCAACGACAAGGUCAACGUCGCUGGCCUUAUCCUUGCCGGCAGCGCCGAUUUCAAAAACGAUCUCAACCAGUCCGAUAUGUUUGACAACCGUUUGCAAGCUAAGGUCAUCAAGGUUGUGGACGUAUCCUAUGGAGGAGAGAACGGCUUCAAUCAAGCGAUUGACCUGUCUUCGGAGACUCUGAGCAACGUCAAGUUCAUUCAGGAGAAGAAGCUGAUUAACCGAUACUUCGAAGAGAUCAGUCAGGACAGUGGUCGCAUCUGCUACGGUAUCGAAGACACUCUCAAAGCCCUCGAAGGUAGUGCUGCUGAGACUCUGAUUGUGUACGAGGACCUAGACAUCACGAGAUGGACGCUGAAGGACUCUGCCGGCAGGGAAGUAAUCUUGCAUACGAAUAAGAUCCAAGAGCAGGAUCGAUCCAAAUUCAUGGAUCCCGAAUCCGGCCAAGAGAUGGAAGUCGUCGACCAGAUGCCAUUCCUCGAGUGGCUUGCUGAGCACCAUCGCGAGCAAGGUGCUACUCUCGAAUUUGUGUCCGAUCGCUCCAGCGAAGGCAAUCAGUUCGUGAAGGGAUUCGGUGGAAUCGGCGCCAUCCUCCGCUACAAACUCAACUUUGAGCACCUCCAUGAGGGCGAGGCGCAACGACAACAACCACCACCAGACAUCGAGAGCAGCAAGCUGAGCACAGCCAAUCGCAGCGAUGAUCUGAAGGCAAGCCGAGAUGACGCGCCCCGUCCAUCACAGCGUUCCUUUGAGGACGCUGUCUUGUCUCGCCCAGCCGAGACAGCUACAAUAGCCACCUCCACGCCGAAGCCUGCUAUUGGCGGCCAUGCACCGGCGGCAUCGAAAGUACAAGCCAAGGCUCUACCUGCGCGCCUCAAGUCACGUCUCGACCUGCAGGCAAGCGAGCAGGCGGGCAAAGCUCCAGCUAAGCAAGAUAUGGAAUUACGCCACGGUAUGUCUUUGUCCACUAUACUCGAGGAAGACUCUCUAAUGAACUAA